UAAUUCUCCCUAAGAUUUUAGAUGGGAGAAUCGCCCGACACACCAAGUUUUUCUUAAAGAAAUUUUAUUCCUUUUUCUUGCAUUUUCCGAACAGGCAAACAACACCUUAGGUUUUCCGAUGUGAGAUGCGUUGCUUGAAGUUCGAAAAAGUUCCCAUACCUUCGUAAUUUUUCGUCUCCGAAUCAUUUACAGUUCAGUUCUUCGCUUUACGUAGAAGGAAGAGGAUUUCUUAGAGAGAGAAAGCGAUAGAGACAGUGAGAGUGAAGGUCCAGCUACUGUUGGGUCUGUGGUAGAGCAUACAGAGCUAUAUAGGUCGACUCAAGAAGGAAGAUUGAAUGUGGGAGUUUUGGAGAAGGCAUAAGAGGAAAGUGUAUGUCACACUUGGAGUUUUAGGAAGUGGGUACUUGGUGUACAAGCUUUAUGAUGCUCACAGGCGUAGGCUAUCUGAUCUGGAAAGAGAACUUGCGGGCAGGCACGAAAGUGAUGAACUCAUUAAGGCCCAAAUGCAGGCACACUUUGAGAACAUCCAAAGAAUAUCUGAUAUGACGACAUUGCCCCAUGCAAUGCUAUCUUUAAGUAGUCAAGUAGCAGAAGAGUUGGACGUUAUGAACCUGGCAGAGAGGCUAAUGAAAGGGAAGGGUCGGCCCAACACUCUUGCGUCAUCCGAGAGACUCGAGUUAUGGGAUAGACUCAAAAUAUUAAGUUUCACUAGGAUGGCUUUGUCCCUGUGGGCAAUGACGAUGCUUAGCUUAUAUAUUAGAGUUCAGGUCAACAUAUUGGGGAGACAUCUAUAUAUUGACACUGCACGUGGUAUUGGAAGUUCUCAGCUACUUGAGGAAGCUGAUCUAAUUGAAAGGAAUGACGAGCAGCAGUUUCUUUCCAGUGCAGAUUUUCUAAGCAAUGAUGGCUUGUCCACCUUGAUUUCUAAUAUGCAGGCAGCAGCAUCCGGAGUCCUUAAGGGGAAUCAUUUGAAGGAUUUGUUCAACACUACUGUACUCCAUGAUACCAUUGUGCAGAUACUGGACACGUUCAUGAGCAUGGGAAAUCCUCAUCAUUGGGUAGAUUAUUUGAUGCCACAGGAUGCCAGAGUACAAGACCUUAUUGCAUCCUCCGGCAGUGACAGUACAGAUCUUUCUCAUGCAACCAAAUUUGACCUACUUAUGGCAGAGACACGUGCCGUGUUAUCAAGUGCUGAAUUUGGAAAUAUCGUUGAUAUGACCUUGAAAACAGUGGUGGAUGCACUGGUAGAAGAUAUAGAGGUUCAAUCAGAAGGCAGUUUGUCAUCAGGGAUGCCACUAGCCAAACUUCUACCCCGCAUUGCACAGAUGGCACCACUACUGCUUGAAGAACCUAGUAGGAACAGGUUUAUCCAAAUCAUCCGAAACAUACAAGAAGUUGAACUAUUUUUCACACUAUUAUAUGCCAACGCACCGAUCGGGUAGUAUAGUGAGCUGAUUGUAAUUUCAGGAAUAUUUUUUUGUUUCAACUUAUGAAUGAAUGCAAAGGUGGCUAGGUGUGGGUUCUCAAAGCCUUGGUGUAAUAGUAAUUUUUUGUUCACUUGUCAGGGUGUCGUCCCAAGAUCUGAUGGGUUGUAAUGAAUAAAAGGAUUUCCUGAGGGUUUUCCCAUGGUUCAAUU